CUUUUCUAUUGUGAAUCAAUCCAUCACCUAACCUAUUAUUGUGACUCAGCCAUAAAAUAAUCAUAAAUGUCAAAAUAAAGAUUGUUUUGUUAAGAAUUUUCCAAAAAACCAAAGAACACAAUUUUAUAAUUUAGCAUUUAAUUAACAAUUCUACAUAUAAAAUAAAACAAAAAUGUUAAUUCCAGAAGACCAACAAAAAUACAAAAUACUUGUUGAGAAAUUAUAUCGAAAAUGCCAAGAUACACAAACAGAAAAUGAACGUUUAGUUUUACGAAUAACAAAUACGAAAAAAAUACUAAAAAAUCGUAUAAGAGAUGUUGAAAUACUUAAAAAACGCUUAGAUCGUUACAAUGACAAUUGGCGACAUGUUCCAAUGGUUGUUCCACAUCGAACACGCAAAACCGAAUUGAAACGUGGUCCCAAACCGAAACCAAAAGUUCCAGGAGAAACUCCAACUCGUGGUCGUGGACCAGGCAAACAAAAGAAAGCAAAACUAAAACAACAGCAACAACAACAACAGCAGCAGGAACAACAACAACAACAAACUCCAUCAACUCCAGCAGAAAAUACAUCUCCAAUUAAAACGACUGAAUAAGAUUCUACUGAGCCACAAAGAUCUGCGUUUUUAUUUUUAUAUUGUUCUUUCUUUAUAAGCUCUCGAUUAACAAAUAAGUUUGUAAUUAAUAAAAUGUGAAAAUAAAAAUUAUAAA